AGAGAGAGAGAGAGGACAAUCUCGUGAAUCUAUAGACUACAGUAGUUAAGUGGAGUAAGAUUAGAUAUUAGAAAAAGGAGGAGAAAUGGAGUGGGAGUUGCCGCGCAGUGACGAGUUGCCUGAUAUGGACUGCGAUUCAGGCAAUCGAGAAGAAGAAAGCGGCGGUCCGUCUUCGUCGGAGGUAUGGGCGGAGUCUGAGAUCCGCCACCUUCUUGGUAUCAGCAACGCCCAUGCCGCUGCAACUGACGCUGCUUCCGAUAACGUCACUUCAUCGUCUUCGUCUUCUGAUCCUUCUUCUACUACUCCUACUUACCAGUCGUCCGUUCCAUGGGAUCGAGGAGCCUCAGCUAAGAUUGGAAACAAAGGCUACCGACGCUCUCCUGGUGUUUGCAGAGAGAAAUGGCGAAGUCUAGUCCGCAAGCUCAAGGCUAACAACAACAACAAUAACCCUCAUCAUCAACUCCCCCAGGCCCAGCAUUCUAAUCCCUCUUCUCUCUCUUUCUUCAAAGAUGCGGAGGAUUCUUCGCUUGAUCCCUACCAUCUCCAUCGCGAAGACCUCCAAUUCUCCCCCAAAGUAUGCUUCUCAGGCUUGGAGCCAAACACACUAAAUAUUCAUAGGUCAGACGGUGACCGACGAAGCACUACCUCUGUGAUGUCUCAAGAAUGCCCUCCGCAAAAUGGAAGAAGCACGUGGAGUUGGAGAGAUGGAAAUUCUGCCGAUGUGCCCCAAUGGGAUGGCGGGGUGGGUUGUUAUCCUGUGUCUGUAUCACCCCCUGCAGGGCAUGUCAUUAUUGUGAAGUGGGGUGGCAUGACCCGCAAAAUAGGAAUUGAUGGAUCUGCGGAUGCCAUCAAGGAAGCAAUCAGAAAUGCUUUUGGUUUGAGGUCGAAACGUUCUUUUUGGGUUGAAGACGAUGAUGGUGUUGUGAGGAGCUUUGAUCGUGCCAUGCCACAGACAACCUACACCCUUCACAUAGAUCCAGGUGUGACAAUUAAGCUUUAUCACUAUGAUGCAUGCAACAGCCAGGCAAUUAACAGUGAAGAUGCAACCUUGUACAGUGAGGACGAUUUCCGUGAGCUUCUGGCCCGCAAUGGAUGGCAAUCACUAAGAGAAGUUGGGACUUACAAAGAUGUAGAGUCCAUACAAGAUCUUCGACCUAUGGCUGCAUACCACCAUAGUGGAGUCAAGACAUGAAUUUAUGAAGCCUUGUAUAAAUUACUGGGACAUUGCGGUUUGGCAUUGCUUGGCUUUUCAAAGGUCAUUUCUGUUAUAUGACCAAGCUGAAGCUGAAUAAAGUUGAGACAAGAUGCAGCUCGCCUUUUCAAACUAAAGAAGCACUUGGGGAUAGGUUAAUUCAGGGUUUUCCCCUUUUUUCCUUUUUUUUUUUUUUUUUUCAAACUUGUUUUUUUGGUUAUGUGCACAAAUUUAGGUUAUAGAGUGCAGGUUCCUCCUUUUUACAUUUUAGUUUUGUAAAUGCGAAAAAAAUUGUCCAAUGAAAAUCUUGAGGAAUGACAUAAA